CAACACACCUUCUUUGAUCCCUUUUGCGUCUUUCUGCUGACGUUGACCGACUACAAGCUUUGACAAGGCAGGCAGGGAGCCAAUUUUAAAGGACGAGAACAACCUAUGAUAUGGUGUCCAAUGACCCCGUAGCCGCAGCCAUUGCGACGAAGGGCGUUGAGGACGAGGCAUCGUCGUUACAUUCGUCGCAGCCCCACCAUUCGACUAUCCUCGAUGAUAUCGUCCCGAAGAGAGAUGAGACAAAGGUAGCUGGGGGCGACUAUGAUGACGACCAAGACGAUGAAGACGGUCCAGUUGUGUUCGACGCUUCCGACGUGCAGCUUGCUUCGGCGCAGGAUUCGCCUCAGAGCGCUCGGUCGGCAUCGUCGGCAAACAUCGCUCGGGCAUCGUUCGAGUCGGUCGGCUUUGGCUAUCGAGAUCACCUUCUUCCUCUCAGUCUGAGCGGCGAUGGGGAUUACGACGACGAUUCUACCGGAUAUGGCGCGGGCUCGUCAGGGUUGGGGUAUGGGCUACCCGAGGGCAGUAUGGGGGCCAGAUCAAGAAGAAGCUCAGGAAGAGGUCGGAGAGACGAAAGAAGAAUGAGCUUGAUAGACGGCAUCGCUCUUACAGUCGGCGUGCAGAUUGGGAGCGGAAUCUUUUCGUCGCCAGGCGUUGUGACCCUCAACACGGGCUCAGUAGGGUCAAGCCUGGUCGUCUGGCUCGUCAGUGGUGUCUUGGCCUGGACGGGCGCUAGCUCUUUUGCAGAGCUCGGAGCUGCGAUUCCGCUAAAUGGAGGAGCACAGGCCUAUCUGAAUUACGCAUUUGGCCCGCUGAGCGCGUAUCUCUUCGCAUGGUCAGCGAUUGUCUGCCUCAAGCCGGGCUCUGGAGCGAUCAUCGCCAUCAUCUUUGGGGAAUACAUGGCGCGAGUCUUCUACCACUCGACGUCGGGCGACACGGCGGACCCUCAUGAAAAGGGCCUUGAAGGAAUCCCAGACUGGAGCAUAAAGCUCAUAGCCGUCGCCGUCGUCAUCAUUGUUGCAGUGAUGAAUGCCCUCAGUGCCAAGCUGGGGACGAGAACACAGGUUGCCACAACCAUCGUCAAGCUCGCAGCGCUCAUCGCCGUUCCCAUUCUCGCCAUCAUUCAGGCGACUAGGAGCAAGAUGCCUGAGGCUUCCACCCACGCAUUUAGCAGCCUCUCUUCCCUUUUCGAAGGCUCAGCGACGAGCCCUGGCGCCUACGCGCUCGCUCUCUACAGCGGUCUCUGGGCUUUCGAUGGCUGGGAUCAGACGAGCUACGUGGCCGGCGAGAUGAAGAACGUCAACCGGGACCUCCCACGUGUCAUUCACAGCAGCCUUGCCGUCGUAGUGCUGAUCUUUCUGUCUACUGUGACAUCGUACUUUGUAGUCCUGACCCCCGUUCUCGUCUCCCGAACCAACACCGUAGCUCUCGACUUCGGCUCCGCCGUCUUUGGCACGGCAGGCGGAUUGCUUUUCGCCUUUCUCGUCGCCUUUUCCUGUUUUGGAGCCCUUAACGGGUCUUUCUACACAAGCUCUCGACUCGUUUAUGUCGCAGGCCGCGAGGGGUAUCUGCCGACAGUCUUUGGGCGAUUGAAUAAUCGAACUCGCACGCCGGUCGCUGCCACAAUUCUCCAGGCACUCCUCAUCAUCCUCUUUGUCCUCUUUGGAUCCGGCUUCGCCAGCCUCGUCAACUUCUACGGCGUUUGCUCUUGGUUCUUUUACUUCUUCACCGUCUGCGGUCUUCUCAGUCUUCGCAUAAAGGAGCCUAACCUCGAAAGACCUUAUCAGACCUGGCUCUCAACACCCAUUCUAUUCUCGGCUGUGGCCCUGUUCUUGCUGUUCAUGCCCAUUUUUUCUGCGCCACUGGAGGGCGCGGCUGCCCUCUGCUUCAUUGCUGCGGGCGUGCCCAUGUACUACGCGACGCAGUCAGCUGGUCGCGAGGCAGUCGCAAACAUUCCAGGACUGAGGACCGUGGUUGGGGCGCUUCAAAGCUGCAUGGGCAGGAGAGAGGAAGAGAGGGAUCCUUUCGGAAGAAGAAGAGUGACGCGAAGAAAGAUGCAGAGGGGUGGCGGUUUGGAAGAUCUAGAGGAAGAAGAGGAAGAGGGUGAAGAAGAGGAGGUUGUCGAAAUGCUGCCGAGAGACUCAGCGGCAGAGCAAGAUCCCAGUACAGACUCUUCAAAGGCAUGAAACAUAUACUUUGCAUUCGCAUCA